AUGUACAGCUUCAUGGGUGGAGGGCUGUUCUGUGCCGGCAUGGGGAACAUACUCCUCAUGAUCUCCACGGCAACCGACUACUGGAUGCAGUACCGUCACUCCAACAACUAUAUGCACCAGGGCCUCUGGCGAUACUGUGUGCCUGGGAAAUGCAUGACACACACAGAUAGCAUCGCUUACUGGGACGCUACCAGAGCCUUCAUGAUCCUCUCCGUGCUGGCGUGUUUCAUUGGGCUCGUCAUCGGCGUCAUGGCCUUCAUCCACUACUCCUCGUUCGAUGGAUUUGACAAGACCUUCGCAGCUGGUAUCUUCUUCUUCAUCUCAUGCUUCUUUGUACUGCUGGCGAUGGCUGUAUACACAGGGGUCACGGUGAACUACUUUGGGAAACGCUAUGGAAACUGGCGAUUUUCCUGGUCCUACAUUAUGGGCUGGGUGGCCGUGGUACUCACUUUCUUCUCAGGUAUCUUCUACAUGUGUGCCUACCGAAUGCAUGAAUGCCCAAGAAACACCAACUCGCGCUGAGCUGUGCCA